GUGAACUGUUCGUCUAUGUGGAUUAUAUAUUAAAUGAAAAAGUAGCUAGAAGUUUGAAAAAAAAGACGCACUCAUGGAAUAAAGAUGUUUGGAAUGUCAGUUUACAUCGUUGUCAUUGUCAACAACAAAAUACCACAGUUAUUACGGUGUGAAUAUUACCACAGUGCAAUUCUAUGAAUACUUAUGAAUUUAUUCCAUGUUUACUUAUAUAGAAAUCAGCGAAAGUUGUUUCCUGAUGAUAAUACUUUCUAUCUUCGUAUAGAAGAUUUUUUUCUUUCUGAAUUUAUUUUGUAAAUAAAUUACAAGAUUAUGAACAGUGUCACCAUUAAUAACCAGCACUCUUCAUAAUGACCUCCAUGAAUAAUUGCAUGAAUGAACAUGUUACAAAUAAUGAUACUUCUCAUCUACAUAUAAAAAAUAGAACAAGUGUUGAUGGCAAAUUAAGCCGUGAUCCAAAACAUGAAACAAUUAAUCAGUUGGCUAAAGAUACCUUGAAUAUUGAUUUACCCGAAUCACAAAGUUCAACAAAUCGAGCACUUUUUGUAUUCUCAAGGAAUAAUCUUAUUCGUAAAGCAGCGCGAAGUAUAAUUGAAUGGGGGCCUUUUGAGUACAUGGUCUUGUCAACUAUUAUAGCCAAUUGUGUUGUUUUGGCAAUGGAAGUCCACUUACCAAAUAAAGACAAGCGCCCAUUAUCUGAAAAACUGGAAAUAACAGAAAAUUACUUUCUGGGCAUUUUUACAUGUGAAGCCUUUUUGAAAAUUAUUGCACUUGGAUUUAUACUUCAUAGUGGUUCUUAUCUAAGGAAUAUUUGGAAUAUACUGGAUUUUGUUGUCGUCGUAACCGGUUUUCUUACAAUGUUUAUGACGACAGGAAGUGGCGUGAAUCUACGAACACUGAGAGCUGUACGUGUGCUUCGUCCACUCAAGUUAGUGUCAGGUGUUCCAAGUCUUCAAGUAGUUCUGACAUCUAUUAUCAAAGCAAUGGCACCAUUGUUACAGAUCGGGAUAUUGGUACUAUUUGCUAUUUUAAUUUUUGCAAUUGUCGGGUUGGAAUUUUACUCCGGAGUCUUUCAUGUGACCUGUUUUGAGCAAAGUAAUCCAACAGAGUUACCUAGUUACAUUCCAGAUACUCCCGGUUUGAUACCUUGUCAGCCUGCUGAUGCACAUACAAGACCACCAGGAGGUUUCAUUUGUCCAGCUGGGUACAUAUGUAAAGGUUAUUGGGAAGGACCGAAUUACGGUAUUACAAGUUUUGAUAAUAUUGGAUAUGCAAUGUUAACAGUAUUCCAGUGCAUUACAAUGGAAGGUUGGACAGAUGUAUUGUAUAUGACCAAUCGGACUUAUGGUUCACGUUUUAAUUGGAUCUAUUUUAUACCAUUAAUUGUUAUCGGCGCCUUUUUAUUAAUCAAUUUAGUACUUGGUGUUCUUAGUGGUGAAUUUGCUAAAGAACGAGAGCGUGUUGAAAAACGACGUGCAUUCUUAAAACUACGUCGACAACAGCAAACCGAUCGUGAAUUAAAUGGCUACCUGGAUUGGAUACAGAGAGCUGAGGAAGUUAUUUUGGCAGAAGAACAGACUUCUUUUAUGCAAAGAUUAAAAAUUAUUAAAGCUAGAAGACGAGCAGAAAAAGUUCGAAGAAGAUCGAAUGACGCUGAGAAACGCGCUAUAGCUGCUGAGUUGGAAAAUUAUGAAGCAGAAUUAAAAGCGAAGCGGAAAUUCAUGAUACCUGGGACUGAAGCUUUAUUUCAAUAUCAUAAAAGAUUUCGAUAUGCAGUCCGACGUCUCAUUAAAUCACAAAAAUUCUAUAUGUUUGUAAUUAUGCUAGUGUUGCUGAAUGCACUCUGUGUCUCUAUAGAAUUCUAUGGGCAACCAGCUUGGCUUACAGAUUUUUUAUAUUUCUCGGAAUUUAUUUUUCUCGGUCUUUUUCUGUUUGAAAUGAUUGUUAAAAUUUAUGGAUUAGGUUGUUUGAUCUACUUCCGUUCAACAUUCAAUAUUUUUGAUUUUGCGGUUGUUUUUGCCAGUUUGUUCGAAAUUGUAUGGCAAAUUUUCUAUCCAUCAGAUUCAUUUGGAUUUUCUGCUUUACGUAGUAUUCGUCUUUUGAGAAUAUUUAAAAUUACAAGGUAUUGGGCAUCGUUACGCAAUUUGGUCUUAUCUCUGUUAAAUGCAAUGAGAAGUAUACUCAGUCUUCUAUUUCUACUAUUCUUAUUCAUGCUUAUAUUUGCUCUACUGGGUAUGCAAUUAUUUGGUGGAGAAUUUAAUUUCGAUGAUGGUAAACCAGGCCAGAAUUUCGAUACAUUUGUGAAAGCUUUGUUAACCGUAUUUCAGAUAUUGACUGGAGAAGAUUGGAAUAUGAUUAUGUAUGAUGGAAUUCGUUCUCAAGGUGGUGUUAACAAUGGGGGAUUCGUCUACUGCAUUUAUUUUGUCCUUUUAGUACUAUUUGGAAACUAUACCCUGUUAAAUGUAUUCUUAGCUAUUGCAGUAGAUAAUUUAGCUAAUGCUCAAGAGUUAACGGCUGCAGAAGAAGAGGAACAACGUUUAGCUGACGAGUUAGCCGAAAGGCAAGAACAGAAUAAAGAAACUUCAACCACUGAUUCAAAUCAAUCACACAGAAUUGUAGUGGAUCAAGUUAAUGAAAGAAAAUAUUCAGGAGUAGUAGAAUAUGGGAAGUCUCUAACAGCUCAAAUGGAAAACAAGUUCUGUGAUAACUAUAGUACAAUGCAGAAGUUUCAGACGGACAUAGAAUUAGGCAGAGAACAGGAGCCACAGGCAAAUCAAGAAACACCAACACAACAUCAGUCAUAUGGAAAGCCGAUACUUCCUUACAGUUCAAUGUUUAUAUUUUCUUCAACAAAUCCUGUUAGACGCUUCUGUCACUUUGUAGUCAAUCUACGCUUUUUCGACCUGUUCAUUAUGAUUGUAAUUGUAUCUAGUAGUGUUGCAUUGGCUGCCGAAGAUCCAGUUAGCGAAAAUAGCACAAGAAAUUGUCUACUCGAAUAUUUCGAUCAUGCUUUCACUUGUGUAUUCGCUAUCGAAAUGCUGUUGAAACUAAUUGAUCUUGGUGUUUUUCUUCACCCAUAUUCGUAUUGUCGGGAUACAUGGAAUUUACUAGAUGCGGCUGUAGUGAUUGGCGCCCUAAUAUCGUUUUUUCGGCCUAUAUUCUUUUCAGAAUUAGCAAUUAAGUCUUCUCGUUUACCACAAGCGAUAUUUUGCAAAAAGAUUUUGAAGCUAUAUCCACCUUUGAAUAUCCAAAGUAUACUCUAUAAACAGGCAGAAUUUAGUGUCAGUGAUCAAUUGUUUGUUUUAAUGACCAAAACUCUUUUCUUUAUGACUAAUUUCUUUUUUAUUUAUAUACAUGAUAAUCCUUAA